CUCGUUUCUUCUAGCCAUGGAAACGACAUUCCGCGCACUUCAGUGCGAAUCACUUCGCGCGGGGAACGCGCGUGGCCUCUUGAAAUCUGCACUGUUUGCGAUUCCGCGGCAGAAAAUCGGACCGAAGACUCGCGCGACAUGGACACGGACGUCGGGGAGAGCGUCGCCAGCCACGAGGUGGAUUCCACGUCUCCGUCGCUCUAACGGUAAUAACCGCGAGAAUCGUCACGGCGAUGUCGUUGCGCCCGAAUCUCGUCCGAUUCUUCAGACAGUCGUCGAGCAGGCUGUCAUGGCGCUACCGCGACAACAUCAUCGCGUGUCGGAGAAAAUGGCGUUGUCGGGUGUCAACGACGGUUCGCUUUCAACCGCUGAUAACACGCCGGCUCGAUCUCAAUCUCGCUCACGGUGUCGUCGGCGGCGUCCGCCAUGUCGCCCCGGCGCUUUCCCGCGUCGAGCCGGGCGUCAAGAUCGAAUCCGACGUGUCUUGGUCGAACGAGCGGGAGAAGAUGGAGGAGACGGAGAAAGGUUUUCUGCAGGACAUGCGAGAGGCGAUUCUAAUAUUGACUAGAAUCAUGGUCAUAAGCUCGGUCAUCAGCACCCUGCUCGCCGCUUAUCUGAUAACGCGUUUGACGCAUGCGACUUUGUUCCCCACUAUCUUACGGAAAGGUAUCGAGUUCCUCGGACCGAUCUUCGUUAAAUUCGGCCAAUGGAUAUCCAUACGGAGGGACAUCUUUCCGCGGGACAUCUGCGACUGCCUGUCUCAACUCCAACAAAACGUGACGCCACAUUCUUGGCUGUACACAAAGCGCCUGCUUAAAGCCACGUACGGCUCUUCCUGGCGGGACUUGUUCGUGAAGUUUGAUGACGAAGGACCAAUCGGUUCGGGAUGCUGUGCGCAGGUGUACAAGGCGUGGAUCGACUUGAACGAGAUCACGGGCGUCGCAGUGGCGGCAAGAGAUUCCCGAGUGUCACGUUUCGUGGAAAACGAAACUCCCGAUGAAAAUGACAAAAACGACGUGGCCGCUCCUGCCGGUCCGCGCGCGGCCAGGAAAUUGCAAGCCGUAGCGGUAAAAGUGUUGCAUCCUGGAAUCAAAGGCCAACUCAAAAGGGACAUCGCGAUAAUGCACGGCCUUUGCAAGUGCGCCACGUACUUCAUACCGGAACUGCAUUGGCUCAGUCUCACGGAUUGCAUCGACGAAUUCGCGCGGAUAAUGCAAGACCAAGUUGAUAUGCGACUGGAAGCCACGAAUCUCGCGAGAUUCUCAGCGAACUUUUCGAGGAGGCGCGACGUCGUGUUUCCGUACCCGUACGCGCAACUGACCGGUCGUCGGAUACUCGUGGAGACCUUCCACGAGGGCUCGCCGAUAUCCGACUACCUUGAGCAUAAUGAUGCCGCCUUGCAGCGGAAGCUUGCCAAGAUAGGAAUCACGAUGGUGCUCAAAAUGGUUGAUAUGCGCCAAUUUAGGAUUACUCUUUUGACGACAUUCAUUACUUUUUUUAACCACGAAUCACGAGAUAAGUCGCGCCGUCCGAUGUUGCAGGUAUUUCAAGAUAACUUCAUACACUGUGACUUGCAUCCGGGCAACAUUCUAGUCGAACAAGCAGUCGUCCCGAAGGCAGGCUUGUUUAGCACCUUUCGGCGGGUCAUUACCCCUAAUUACGUGGCGGACGGCCCACGCUUGAUUAUAUUGGACUGCGGUUUAGUGGCAUCGCUGAACGAUCGCUGCCGACGAAAUCUCCGAGACGUUUUUCAUUCCGUGCUAAUGGGAAACGGUGAAAUGGCGGCCGAGUAUAUCCUGAAACACAAUUCGUACAUGACUCUCGAUCCAGAUGGCUUCAGGCGCGCGAUAAGGAACAUCGUGAGAGCCCAUUACAGCAGACCGUUUAACGUGAAUGCGAAUACCGUUGUGACGGAAUUGUUUUCCGCGAUGGUCCAUCAUCGAGUCAAGCAGGACGCGUCCUUCAGCAGCGCGAUCCUCAGCGUGCUGAUAGUCGAGAGUCUCGGCCGACAUCUGGAUCCUAAGAUCGACAUUUUCGCGGCGAUCCUGCCUUUCGUCGUCAGCAGUACUAUAUAUGGCGUUUGAAACGAGAUUCUAAAUAAAGAUACACCGUUAACACGAACGAGCGAGAGGAUUCCUUGAGCAAGCGUGUUCGUGCGCG